AUGUCAAGACGUCCUCCUCCAGAGCCAGAUUCCAGCCCCAAGAUAAAAUCUCGCUGGUCUGAGAUCGAAGAUAACAUCCUGAAGCAGGCGGUGGCACGACACGGCGUGAGUCAUUGGGACGACGUGGCUAGGCUUAUUUGGACGAAGAAGAGUGCCGAAGAGUGCCGCGCACGGUGGGCGGAGAUAGUCCCUCUGCUGCAUGAUGGACUCGCGCAACGAGAGCACGAUCUUGGGCAGCGUCGUAAGAGGAGUAUGACGGCAUUCGCGUCGGUAUCAGAGACGCCACAGAAUAAGAACACGCCGAGCUUCGAACGAUUACCGCCACCCUUGAUCCAAGAUCGGAAAGGGGAAGAGGAAUCUACCAAGACUCAGAGUUCAGUUGGGUUUAAGUCGAACAUCCAGCGCCAUACUGAACCCCCAUCGCCUUCAUCUCGAGCUCCAUCAACAACAAAACCUCCACCUUCAUCCCUCGCAGUAGCCCUGACUGCUAGAGGACGUCGAAACACUGAACCUGGAGUUCGACCAUCCCAAACAGCUGCGGAAUCUCGCAACGGGGAACGGCAAGGGAGAGAAUGGAUGGCGCCUCAUCCGCUGAUGCCGGGACGGUCCCGUAAACAAUCUAUCUCGCGGAACGUGGCAGUGUCGAGGAAUGACGAUAGUACCUAGCUGAUUAGUUAAUCACCCUUUCUCAACCCUGUGCUAUCGGCAACAGCUCGUGAAGUACGUCGCUCGGUUCGGAGGAUUUCAAAGGUCCUAGUGUUCGAUUAGCGAGCGAGGACAUACGGUAACGGUGCAGAAAUAUAGAAAAUAUAAUGACAUAGAUAAAGGGGGUCGACAGA